AUGCGCUCCGUCUCCGCCCUCAGCUUCGCCGCCUUUGUUGGCUUCGCGGCUGCUCAGCAACAAUACACAAUCGACCCGGACAGUGUUUCCUCGUCCGACAGGUCAUACUGGUGUAAUCAGCAGAUCGCCAUGUGCCCUCUCAUCUGCACCCAACAGCCCGGUGUCGACACCCUGACCACCCAGAGCAACGACUGCGACCCGGACACCCUAACCUACGACUGUGUCUGUGACGGCGGCAUAACCCCCAACAUCACCCAAUACUCGCAAACGCUUCCCUUCUUCAUCUGCCAAACAUGGGGCAACCAAUGCGUGGCGAACUGCAAUGGUGCCUCCUCAUGCCAGGACGCCUGCCGCGCCGACCACCCAUGCGGUGCCCAGACCCCCUACCUCGGUAACGCCUCUGCUUCCGCACUGUUAUCUGCGUCCGCCAGUCGCACAGGCAGCGCUGCCAGCUCCAGCAUUCCCGUCACCGGUUUCGGUGGUGCGGCGUCCACCAGCGCGGCGAGCGGCGCGCAGGGCGCUGUAUCAGCACCCUACAUCCCCGGAGCAACCAUGGGCAUGGCCGCCCUGUUCGGUAGCGUGUUCCUCGGCUUUGCCGUCCUCUUGUAA